AUGUCUUUCUUCGAGGGAGACAGCCGUACUGGCCCCCAGCCGGCACCUCCGCCGCGAGCUCUCACGCCCGUUGAGAUUGGCGUCAUCAUCGGCACCGUCGCCAUCUUCAUCGGCGUCGUGGGGGCGCUGUUCUUCUACCGCGCGCACAAGGCCAAGAGGCGCCGGGCAGAGCACGGCGAGAGGGUCGACGAUGAUGAACAUCGGCUGCACGAUGCGAGGCACCGUAAAAAUGAAGAGGGAUUGUUCCGAGGAGGAGGAGGAGGAAGAGGAGGAGGACCGGUGACGAAACCGCUCCCGGCGAGGAAGAAGACUUGGGACCCUUAUGAAGGGGCGAAGACGGAUGAGUCGGAUGCUGAAAGAGGCGAGAGUCACGAAUUGCGUAGCAGGGACAAAGUGUGA